AGAAUUUUCACACCCGCUGGCUGCCUCCAACAAUUGAAGCAUGCCGCCAAAGAAGAAAGCAGAAGAGGAGGCGAUUGGCCCGUGGAUGCUUGGAAGAUGGUCCCGGGCAUUGAAGGUGGGCCUGGUUGGAAUGCCGAAUGUUGGCAAGAGCACUCUCUACAACACUUUGAGCAAAUCACAUCACUCCAAAACGGCAAAUGUGCCUUUUUGCACAAUUGAUCCCACAGAGACGCGGGCUUUCUUGGAGGAUGAGCGCUUCGACUGGCUUGUCGCGCAACAUAAACCCAAGAGUGAAGUAAAGGCCUUUGUGACCGUAGUGGACAUAGCUGGGCUCAUAUCUGGCGCUCACAAAGGCGAAGGGUUGGGCAACGCAUUCCUCUCUCACAUCCAAUCAGUGGACGGCAUAUGCCACGUCAUGAGAGCCUUUGAAGAUGAUGAUGUCAUCCACGCAGAAGACACAGUGGACCCCGUUCGGGACAUCAACACAAUUUGUGCAGAACUGCGAUUGAAAGACAUUUCCUACAUGAAGGGCAAGGUUGAAUUCCACAAGAAAGGCCAUGCAGCUGCAAGGACCAAGUCACCAGCGCAUCUUAAGAAGUGGGAGGAGGAACUGGAAUGCAUGGAAAAGAUCAUUGCCUGGCUAGAGGAGGGAAAGGACGUCAAGAAUGGCAUGGACCAGUGGACGACCAAAGACAUCGAGUUCUUGAAUGACUACGGUUUGUUGACUGCCAAGCCUUGCAUGUAUGCAGUCAAUAUGAACAAGCACGAUUAUUGCCGCAAGAAGUUGCUAAGAACAAAAUUGAUGAACAGAAUGAACAGUGUUGCAAGCGGCAAGGUGGUUUUUGCACAAAAGGUAUGCGGACUGAAGGAGUGGCGCGUGCAUUUGACUGAAAAGAGUAGAGCAGUUCCUAGGAACAAGUUCUUGAAGCCUAUCUACGAGUGGGUGCAAGCAAACUCUCCGGGGAGUGCAAUCAUUCCAUAUUGUGGAGCAUACGAGGAGGAGCUGCAGGAUAUGGAGACUGAAGAAGACCGGGAGAAGCAGCUGAAGGAAGAUGGUGUGACGAGUGCCAUGCCAAAGAUGAUCUCAACAGCUUUUCAUAUGGUACAUUUGAUCAAUUUUUUCACAGCUGGACCUGAUGAAGUCAAAGCUUGGACAGUUCGAAAAGGAUUCAAGGCUCCACAAGCCGCUGGAGUUAUUCACACAGAUUUUGAGAAAGGCUUUAUCAUGGCCGAGGUCAUGUCCUUUACUGAUUUGAAGGAACUUGGCAGUGAAGCGAAUGUCAAGGCAGCCGGCAAGUACCGUCAGGAAGGUAAGAACUACGAGGUGCAAUCUGGAGACGUUAUUUUCUUCAAGUUCAACCUUGGCAAGGGCAAAUGAGCGCCAGCUAGCAGGCAGUUUGCUCUAGACUCUAGAUUUUGAGCGUGCCAAAGGAAUGCCGCAGAGACUCGCUCAAGGAACAAAGCUGACUAAGCCGUGUACAGUGCAUUCGCUGAAAACAGCAUGUUGUCCCAGCAGCCCGCAGAUGCAGUGAGCAUUUGUUGCCCUUUUUGCAUCACAGCGCUCGCCCCAGAGCCGGUGAGCGACGCAUCCCUACUCAUAGCGCA